AUGUUCCAGGUGGAGAAGAAGGAGUUUGCAGAGCAUUUCACCAGGGGCCAGCGUGUGAGCGUGGCGAACACUUGCGGAGAUUUCAUGAGCGACAGUUCCAGUCUGGUGAGUGACUUGGACGAGACGGACUAUGAGGUUGGCCGCCUGACGGCGUUAGCUUUCCGAAGCCUGGCGUGCCCCCCCACCAGCUACAUGGAGCUCUUCGAGUCCGGGGGCUCCACCGAUCUGUCCCUGGCGCUGUCCGAGGACAGUAGCGGCACCACCCAAUGGUCCACCCCGGCCGAGCAGGGCUUGAGGCCGGCCAGUGGGCAGCCUGGUCCCCGGGCAGCCCCCCCGCUCGGCAGCGGCCACUUCGAGUGUGUGGAGGUGGCUGUGGGAAGCCAGGAGGAUAGCUCCGGGGGCCGGGGGGAAGCCCGCACUGUCCCCAAGAGGGAGAUCCAGCUCAAAAAGAGGGAGAGGAGUGAGCUGAGCGUUUUCCGCGCCAGCGAGGCCAGUGCCUGCCCAGAGGAGAGAAAGACCAUGUCCCGGGAAGAGGAGGUGAGGGCCAGUGUCCUGCACAGAGCUGAACCCCAGGAAGAAAGCUCCAAAAAGGCCAAGUUCGCCUCCUGCCACAUCUCCAAUGUCAUCUCCAAGAAGAUGCAGUUUGAGCAAGAGCUCAAGAUGGAGCGGGGGGCCAUCCAGGAUCCUUUCUCGUCCGUGCCGUCCACCCCGUCCUCGGCGCACGUCAAAGAGUUUGAGUUGCCCCUGCCAGGGCUCACUCAGGAGGGCGAGUACUUGGCAGAGGAGCCUGGCAGAAGCUGGGAGUUCAGCGCUGAGCUGCUAGGAGGCACCAGGAGUGCGGUGCUGCAGGAGAGCUGCCCUGAUACUGGCCCUCCACAUCCCAGCGGCUUCAGGAGCUGGAAGGAGAGCUGUACCGAGGAUAAGAAAGCAGCGAAGCCAGGGAGAGCAGGAUUCCCCAAUGAUUCACAACCUGAAAAGGCCGCUGCACGCAACAGCCAGGAGGAGAGAUAUGUGGAGGCUAUCCCACAGUUUACCAAACAGGCCAGCUACUCCAAGGACAGCCAGCCCAGUGUUCUUGAAGACAAGCCCAGCUAUAAACAACUGGGUAAUAAAAUAGACACUAGAAACCCAUCCAGGAGCAACAUAAUGCCACAACCGCCCAAGGUGACACCUGCUCCUCCAACCACACAAGAGAAGCAAGUGGACCCAUAUGGGACAGUCGAACAGCUCGCUCCAAACAUAGGCUCCCACAGCAAGAUCAUCCCUCUUGACCCUAAAUAUCAGACUCUGCCUGCUUCAUUUAAAUUUGAGACAGACGAUUGUAGAAUCGUUGACCCCCAGUUUGACCGAGGUGAAUCGACAGCACAGAGAGCAAAAGGGCCCAUCCAUCAGGUUCGAGAUGUGCGCAAACUGGUCAAGAAUACCUAUGGGGCAUUAAGUUUCCAUGUCUCUGAAGCCAAACCUUCUGGGUUUUUUCAUCCUGAUGGUUCACAACUACCUGCAGAGCCUGAUCAAACCAAUGUACCAGUGGGCAGCAUCCCAACAUUGCCUAUGAACAUCCAAUGCAAAUCCAUAAAUUGGAAAGGCAACAGAGAAAUGUCGUACAGUUCAUCAGUAGACAAGAAAUAUUGGACCUACGCAGGCAGUACAGACACCUCCAGGUUAUAUGCGUCUGAUAUCAAGCUGCUACUUCCGUCUGAUAUUAAGAAAAGCAAAACAGAUACUCCUAAAAAAGCAGAGAGUGAAAACCAGAUUUGCAAAAACGUCGGGAAAGCAGAGGGUGCAGAGGCAAUUCAUCCUGCAGAUUCAAAGAACAUCAAGAACAAAAACAAAAUUGACAAAUCACAGAGCUCAUCUGCUUCAAGUAAGGAAGCUACCAGGGUUUCUCCUCUAAGAGAUAGCUGUAAAAAAGAUACACAAGAGAAAAAAAAUGUAAGUUUGGUGAGGAAGCUUUCAACAAGUGAAGAUCGUAAUUUGAUGUCUGAGAUGGACAAGGUCAAAAAGUGUUGGUCAACUAGUGUGGAAAACCAGUGCCCAGAUUCAUCACUGUUGAAUUCACAUUUGAAAGUUAAUAAGGUUGAGACUGUUGGAGAAAAAACAAAGAAAGCUUCAGCACAAUUCAUUCCGAAACAAGAGAAUACAGUGCUCAGCAAUAAUGUUGGUACCAAAAAAGAUGACCCAGUGAAACCGCACAGCCAAUUAAAACCUGCUGGAACUGUCACUUCACUCAAAGUGGAUUUGAGUUUGACACAUGGGAGAAGUGAUUCGAAAAAAGAAGCUCAAGACAAACCAGAAAAUCAAAAUAAACACCAGAAGAUUACGAUUUCAAAGAAUAACAUUGCCAAAACAUUGGCUGAGAAGGAUGAGCCAUUAAACCAGAACAAACAUUUAAAAAUUUCAACUUCCAAUUUAACCAGUUCAAAUAUUUCGAAAGGAAAAGAUGCAUCAGAGAGAAAGGUUGACUCGAGAUUGGAUCAGCAGAAGACACUUCGAAAGAUGUCUUCAUCAAAAAAUGAGAGCACUCAAGAAUUAACCAGGAAAGGGGAAUUAAACAAAGAAGGUCAGUUCAGAAAGUUGGGAAGUAAGAAUGACAAUUCUGAAAAUGUGGUUUUAAAGACUGAAGAAAUUAAAGGAAAUGAGGAACGUGGAAGAGAAGGUCAAGGCAAGGUGGAAUGGAAGAGUAAACACUUUGGAAAAUCUACUGUCAGUAGUGAGGAUAUACUGUCACCAAUUGGGAAUGAUGACGAUGUAAGAAAGGGUCAGAUUGGAUUGGAAAAGAAGACUGUAGUGAUGAGUAGCUCCCUCUCACAAACUGUAGACAAUUCAAAAAUACCUGAGAGAAGUGAGCCUAGAAAUGAGACAAACAUUGGAUGGCAAAAGGAAAAGAGAUUCUCAUGUAAUUCCACCUUAAACAGUGAAGUCAUCAAAUCACCACCGGGGAAAUAUGAAACUGUCAAAGAUAUCCAAAUUCGAUUAGAGAAUCAGAGUAAGAAACUGGGAAGCUCAAAUGAAGAAAAGUCACUGACUGGGAAAACCAAAGCCAAUAAUGAGAGCCAGACUGUUCUGGAAAAUCAAAAAACCUGUCAGGAUUAUUGCACCCAGACUAGUGAAAGCAUUAAGUCGUCCAUUUGCAAGACUGAGACUAAGACAGAGAGUCUGACUGAAUCUCAGAAACAAGUUAAAAAGGGGAGAGCUGAACAAGCUUCAGAAAAAGCAGGCAUGAAAAUGCUAAAGGAAUCACAGCCAAUUAAAGAUAGUUAUGUUUUGUCAUUGAUUUUAGAAGAAGAAAACAGGAAUAACUUGGAGUCCGCCGAUGCCAAAAUGAGAAACAAACAAUCGUUAUCUGUGAAGCAUCAACUCCUAAAUGAUACUGGUGCACAAGCUUCUAUUUCCUCUUCAGUUAACAGCACAGAUAAACAAACUGUAUCCUCUGUGAAACCCACAGAUCACCACCAAACAGUAACAAGUUCAGUGAAGACACCAACUCACAAACUGGAAAAUCACAGUGAUUCAAAAGGUUCGUCAACCUUCACCACUGAAAUCCCUGUGUCAACAACCAAAGCAACGUGUCAGCAGACACAUUUACAGACCCAUUCAAGUUCAACAGAGUUUAAUGUGAAGACACUCCCUGCUGUCAGGCUGUCCAGCCAGGAUAUGAACAAGCUGAGUUCCUCUGCAGAUGAAACACAGCCCACAGGUGGAGCAGUCACUCAGGAACAAGCAUCGCUUUCCCUCGACAGCUUAAACUAUCUUGCCAUUCCUCUGAAAGAGCAGAAGGCACAGGUGCCCAACAUGGGACUAACAGCUGUUUCUCCUCGAUCUGCCACCUUCAAAGCAAAUCCACCAUCGGCGAUCCCCUACUUUCAGCAUCAGCGUAGUGUGGAGGCAAUGGAUCCUCAAAGGCAAGAGAAACAGACAGUGUCUCAUCAGGUUACCCAGGAUGCACAGUCCCCUGGUGCUCAGCUGAAAAACCCACCUUACUCUUCCGUAAACCAAACCCAGCCUCCGUUCUCUCCAGGUGCGAGGGCGUCAAACCUUGUGGAGACAGUUAGUGAAGUUCCACAAACUUCUCAAGACGUAGACAACUCUCCCAUGCCUUGUUUUCAGUAUCCUCAAACUCAGAGAAAAAUGCUUGUGGAUCCAGAAACAGGAAAAUAUUACUUUGUGGAUGCUCCAGUUCAACCUCCUCGUAAAAUGCUGUUGGAUCCGGAAACAGGGCAGUACGUGGAAGUCAUGAUGCCUCAGCAUCCCUACGGUGGAGUAUACCAAGUGCCUUUCCCUCCUUACCUUAUAAAUCCAGGAGUUAUGAGCCCAUCUUAUUUACCAAAUAUGCCAUACCCUGGGUUAUUUGUAGGACCUCCUAUGUCUUCUCAAAGACCUCUGGAAAUGCAAGGCCAAGUACUGUCCCAACCAAGUAUCCCACAAGAUAAAACAGAUUCACAGCAACAUAAACAGUAUGUCCAGAGGAGUUUCUCUGCUGAUUCGGCAAACAUGGAGAGCUUGUAUUAUAUACCAACGGGUAUGCCAUUAUAUCCCAAUCCAGGCCAUCCUGGUCUGCAGCAAGUACCCAUGCAAGCUAAAUCUUGUGCUGAAAUUAGAGACAGCAAAACUACAGGCAUUUGGUCAAUGCAACAAAUUUAUGGAGUCAGCAACCUGCUCCCCCAUGGAAGGCCAAGUAGUUUUAUGGUGGAGUAAAAAAUAAACAGGUACAUUUGAUGACAGGCUUUGAUGGGGCAAUGAGAACCUGCAGCUGAGCAAGAAUUAAGCAUCGGCCACAGAUUCAACCAUACAGUCAUGUCAGAGAUGAAUGGCAUUCACUGAAGAGUAUUUUCCUCUAGACAUCAUACCGUUAUCGGUCCAGGGACACACAGCUCAAUGGGAAAACCACUCAUAGUUUAUUGAAGUAAUGUUGAAAAGCAUCUUGUGAAGUCCCAGCUCCUUACAGCAAAGUUGAACAUCAAAUUGGGCCAAUUCCUUGAGAAUGUUUUCAUUUCCAUUGGAAUCUGAUCAAAUCAUGCAACGCUUGAAAGGGCUCAAUGACUUUGGCCUCUUAUUUGAGGAGUAAGGAAUAACAUUGAAGGUGUUUGGUUACUCUUUCUUAAAGCUAUUGCGAAAGAACAAUUUACUGUGCUAAGGCAAAGAGUAAGAGGGCAAACUUAUGCCCUAGACCCAUGAUUCAUUUUCUUGGUUGUUAAACAGAUUCCAUCUUAUUGUCUACAAAAAGAGAUGUUGAAUAUAUCUGUGACUCUUAAAUAAUG